CCCCCAUAGUCAAGUUUGUUUCCGUUUCUAGAAAAGUGGGCUGUUAUCUAUUAAAUUCUGUAUUCAUUGCUCAUGCUGUGGCGGAUGUCCCCAAAAUGGAUUCGCUCAGAUCAGCAAAGGUGGAGUUUGCUGUCCAGAUGACAUGCGAGAGCUGUGCCAAUCAGGUUCGUGACGCACUUGAGGGAAAACCAGGGGUGCAGUCGGUCAGCAUAGACGUAAGGACGGAGCAGGUGCUGGUGGAGUCCACCCUGACCACUGCGGAGGUCCAUGCUCUGAUCGAGAGCACCGGGCGCCGCGCCGUGCUAAAGGGCAUCGGAGGUUCUGAACCAGACCUGGGGUCGGCUGUGGCCAUGCUGUCCGGGGCGGGGUCCGUGCAGGGGGUGGUCCGCUUCCUCCAGCUGUCGGAGGAGCGCUGCCUGAUCGACGGGACCCUGGACGGCCUGGCGCCCGGGCCCCACGGCCUGCACGUCCACACGCUGGGGGACCUCACCUCGGACUGCCUCAGCUGUGGAGAUCACUAUAAUCCUUAUGGAAAACCCCAUGGAGGACCAGAGGACUCGGAAAGGGUAAACACUGACUCAGAGCAGCAUGUAGGAGACCUGGGAAACGUGGUCGCCGGGCCCGACGGGAGAGCGUCGUUUAGACUUGACGAUCGUCAAAUAAAGGUGUGGGACGUGAUUGGUCGAUCGUUGGUGGUGGACGCAGGAGAAGACGACCUGGGCUGUGGAGGACACGCCCUUUCCAGAGAAACAGGAAACUCUGGCGAAAGGCUGGCGUGUGGGAUCAUCGCUCGCUCUGCGGGACUUUUCCAGAACGCCAAGCAGAUCUGUGCAUGUGACGGCGUGACGCUAUGGGAGGAGCGGGACCGCCCCAUCGCCGGGAAGGGGCGCCGCAUGGAGACCCCCCCCGCCCACCUCUGAGACACUCAUGCAUCAGCACGCACUCAUGGUUUAGUGUGUGUUGGUUGUUUAUUUUUCGAGGCUUGUUUAUGACUUGAGUAACUCAAUCGACAAUCGUUUCAAUGAUGAUUUAAAAAAAAUAAAAAUUAAAUGUCAAGCAUCGAUUGAGAACUCAGGUGGCACAGACCCUGACACUUACAGAAAAGCCAAAGAUAUGUGGCCUUAUUUUUCUCUGGCUUUUUAUUUUUAUUUAUUCCCUUGCUCUUAUAAUUUGACUCCCUUUUUGAUUCCAUGUUUAUGACACAUUUGGACCAUGGUGUGGGAUCAGUGAAGAUGGAAGUGAAUUUGUGUUCACAUGUUUACACUAGCCUAACCAAUAAGGCACUUGAUAAAGUUGAUUAUAUAAGUUUGUACAUCUCCAUUAUGCUACUGAAUAUCGGGCAUUUAAUUCUAGCUUAAGAUAGGUUUGAUAAUUAUAUUAUUUACAAUUAGAAAUAACCUUUCCAAUGUUUAUAAUAUGAAUACAUGUGAUGGCGCAUUUUGUUUUUUUGUAUGCCACAAAAUAGUUUCUUCCAUUGCUUUUUAUCAUGCACUCUGUUCUUAGCAGACAUAUAUUGGGCUGUAUUAGGUGUUAUACAAAUAUUAUUAUGUAAUUAUUUAAAUGUCUGUAUGCCCCAUUAGUCAAACUGCUGAUAUAUUGUGGAAUGCGCAUUACACUAUUUAUUCGGUAAAAAUGAAAAUCUGGAUUUAUUUCAAAAAUGUUGCCCUCUAAUCAAUCACCUAUUGUAGAAAAUGUUGUCAAUCGUUGUUGUGCAAAGACCACGUAGUUGGUUAGUGAUUUGACAUUAAAUCGUUCUAUUUGAAAUAAAAGUGGACUCUGUGUG